CUCCAGUCUCCAGUACUAAUGCCCAACAGUCAGUUACUAUUCGACCUCUGGUUAAUUCACACUCACUCGUGUCUAGUAAAACUGAUUCAUAACUGAUAAUAUAGUCUCGCUGACAUCUGUUCAUAACUGAUAACAGGCGAAGAAUUUCUCUUAUCAAUCAGGUGAACCGUUCUUAUCAGUUACUCUAUCCUUUGCCGUAAGUGUAGUCGUGUUUUAUCUGUUACUUUGUAACUGUUAUCACUGCUGUGUGAGUAUUCGCGCGGGUGCAGAAUAUUGAUAACAGGCUGUCAACUGAUAACAGCGGUUGGGAACUGGUCUUGAGAACAAGGGAGUUGUCACACACUUGGGAUAUUUCUUUAUGUGGCUGGAACCAUCGUGGACUUUGCAUUGGAGGGAGUGAUGGAGUGGAGAUGCAGCUGCAGACAGCUGUUGUGGCUGCUAUUGGCCGGCAGCUGCUGCGUGCAGCUCAGCUGCGCAGCCGGGCUCAUUGAGUGGGGACGCAGCAACAAAAUAGAGGUCAACAUUCCCUGGCUGCCUUUUGAAAAUGAAACCCGGUGCUACGAUGAGCUGGGCUGCCUGAAUGUGACCAGGGACUGGUAUCAUCUGAUCUACCGACCCUUCAAUGUUUUCCCACUUCCCAGACAGGUCAUCGACACUAAGUUCAUUCUCUACACUAGAAAGAACCCAACUGAGGGUCAAACGAUAAGAGUGCAGUCAGAGAAGACAAUCAUGAAAUCAAAUUUCGAUCCAAAGAAGCCAACCAAAAUAAUCAUUCACGGUUUCAUCGAUACACCUCUUAGUUCCUGGGUCAAGGAGAUGAGACGAGAACUACUGAAACGAGCCGAUUGGAACGUGGUGGUGGUAGACUGGGCGGGGGGGUCUCUCCCCCUCUACACCCAGGCGACGGCUAACACACGAUUGGUCGGCCUAGAAGUCGCCUACUUUGUCAACUAUAUGAAGGACAAACACAAACUGAGCCCGGCCCAGGUGCACAUAAUAGGGCACAGCCUAGGCGCCCACACGGCAGGCUACGCGGGGGAGCGCAUCGCCGGCCUAGGGCGCAUCACGGGGCUUGACCCGGCCGAGCCCUACUUCCAGGGCAUGCCCCCCAGGGUGCGGCUCGACCCCUCGGACGCUCAGCUUGUCGACGUCAUUCACACCGACGGCACCUCUAUAUUCCUACUAGGUUACGGCAUGAGUGAACCGUGCGGCCAUGUGGACUUCUACCCGAACAACGGCCGCGAACAGCCGGGCUGUGACAUCACCGAGACCCCCCUGCCGCUCACCUUCAUCCGCGAGGGCAUCGAGGAGGCCAGCCGGGUGCUCGUCGCCUGCAACCACGUCAGAGCCAUCAAACUCUUCACGGAGUCCAUCAACAGUCGCUGUCCCUACGUGGCGCACCGAUGCUCCAACUAUAACCACUUUCUGCAGGGGCGGUGUUUCUCGUGCGGAGACAAUGGUACAGGCUGUGCAAUGAUGGGCCUGGACGUGCAGAGGAGUUCACAUCCUCCAGGUUCCAAAUAUUUCAUUGCCACUGGCAAAGACACGCCUUACUGCAGACGUCACUACCGGGUGACGUUAGACCUAGCACGGCCUCCAAGGGCAGAAGCGUGGGUUCAGGGGUUCAUGCGGGUUUCCCUGCACAGCGACAAUGGUGCCAUCAAAAACCUCGAUCUCACACCCAGGUUGCGAUUCGAGCACGGCACUUCGCGCAGUUUCGUGGUGACCCACCCGGAGGAGGUGGGCGAGGUGCGGAGGGUGGAGCUCUACUGGGAGUACGACAUGGACGUGCUGCAGCCACGCAGUCUGUGCUUCCUCUGGUGCAACGAUCACCUCUACGUGGCCAGUGUGCACGUUGCCAUGGCAACCUCGCCACACGGCGCCGCCGCCGUCAGAGAUAAACGAGCCAUCGAAGUGAACACAAAGCUAUGUAGCAGCGGCAACAGGGACUAUGCGGAUGUGCCAUCUAGAUCGUCGGUGGUGUUCGUCGACACUUGCACCAGUGCCAAGCGGACGAUUGGCGACGAAGUCAGUCAGUUGAGUCAGCAGAGCAUCAGCAGCAGUCAGCAGCGUCAGCAGGAACAACAAGAGCAGAUACAACAGCAGCAGCAGAAUUCCAUCCAGCAGACCCCUUUGCUGCUCUAGUCCCCCCCACCAACAAAUUCAAAGUGAAAAAACUAUCUACGAUAGAGAACAGGUUGGCGGCCGUCAGUUGUUAUUCAUAAGUAUGAUGCUAAUAUAGUUUGAAGUAGGCCGGCCCAAGUGCCACUAUAGCAUUGUUCACUCUCCAAAUGUGUUGAAAUUUCUCAACUUUUUAUGUAAAUAAGAGACUACAACAAAUGUGAAAACCUACGUCUAGGAAUACCGUAACAAUAUAAUAUUGUAACGAAGCCCUAGGAAGGAUUAAGAAACGCAUCUACCAAUAUAUUCGUUAGCUACCGUACAUUCUAAUCGGAAAAGUUAAGGCUGUGCAAAGGCUAAAAAUAAACUUUCUAUUGGUGAUAUUUUUCAAAGUUUUUUGAUUCGUAUACCAUCAAGCUAUCAAAAUAAAAAAGUUUUCUCAUGAAAACAUUUUAUUUCCGA